AGGCUUAUUAUAGAGAAGGAAGAAGUAACCACAAUAUUUUAGCAAUAAGUUGAAUUCUAGUCGAAUUCACGCUUUACUCAUUCCUCUAUUAAAAGAGGCUUAAGAGCUCAGAAGAAGUACGCAUUCACUUCUAAAACCCAAAAGCCUAAGAGACAAUUUGCAAAUUAGCGGAAGAUUAAAAAAUGGCCAGGAUCCUUGAGACAACCGUGGAGCUAAAAUCUUCGCCCGGGAAGUUCCUUGACAUGUUUGUGGGGAAACAACAAUUCGAAAUCUCCAGUGUAUGUCCAUCCUACGUUCAAGGCUGCGAGCUGCGCGAAGGCGAAAUGGGCCAAGUUGGUUCUAUCGUGGUCUGGAGAUACGUUCAUGAUGGGGAGGAAAAAAUGAUGAUGGAGAUGAUAGACUCAAUAGAUCUGGAGAACAACCAGAUCACGUUCAAGGUGUUAGACGGUGAUUUAAUGAAAGAGUACACUCUUUUCUUGAUCACCUUACAAGUGACCUCAAAGGAGGGAGAUGUUGGAAGUGUUGCACAUUGGCACUUUCAAUACGUGAAACUUAACGAGAAGGUGGCUGACCCUGAGUCUCUCCUCCAGUUUGCCAUCGAGGUAUCCAAAGAGAUCGAUGCACAUCUCUUUUCCUGGUAAUAGACGAAAUUUCUCUUGUAUCAAUCAUAUUAUAUAUCGAUAUGUAUAUUUGUGUGUUUGUCUUUAAGUUCAGUCUUUAAAAGUGCUGUAAAAUAAGGACUAAGGAACCGCCUUGUCCAAGUUGCUGAAAGAGUUGUGUGUUAUGAGUGUAUGGAAGUUGUUACUUAGGCUACUCGAUAUUUAUGUAUGAAAUGUUUGAUAAAAUAAAAGCAUAUGUUUAAAUGAA